UUUGAAAAGAAAAAGUUAAAAUCAAAAAUGAAGUUACUGGGAGCUUUAUCCCCUGCCAAAAAUUCUACUGUCAGCUUAGACCUUCUUAACCUAUAUAUAGUAAAUCAGAUAUCCUCCAAGAAGGAAAAGCCUGAAAUUGUGAGAAAACCAGUCCAUGUGAAUAUGAAUAGAGAUAUAAAAAUGCCUGCAAGAAAGCGUGAUUUAGAACUUCCAAUGUCACCUAACUGUGUUCCAUCUAAACUCUGCCUUGAUGAUACAGAAAACAGUGUACACUAUCAAGAACUAGGGAGCAAGAAAGAAUUUGGCUCAGUUCAGUCGUCACAAGUCAUGGAUUUCCACAGUGCCUUCAAACCUCAGUUCAACAAAACAGGAAACUGCAGAUUCCCUCCACCAUCUUUUUCAGAGGAAUUGUCUUCUAACAAUCAUAUUCUAAAACAAAAUUUUGCUCCUGGAAUAGCACCUAUUGCAUAUGAAAAAAACCCAAAUGAACAGUUUACUAAUGUUAACUAUUCGGCUUCCUUGCCUUCCACAUUAAAUGGAUGUCAAGGUGCUCUCAGUUCAUCAUAUAAAAGAGCACAGUUUGGAACAUUAUUUGAGAGCUUAAAUAGUCCAGGAAAUGAAAAUUUUCUUACUGAAAGAUCUGCCAUAAUUAUGAGUGAAGAUCAUGGACACUUGAAUGAAAGAGGAGAGACAGACUUGAUUACUGAAAAACAAACAAUGCAACCUUUUUGGGGAGAAAAUAAUAAAGAAGUUUUAAAUUCCAUUGAAGAUGUGAACCAGCCAAACUCCCACAUUCUGUCAGAGAAUUGUGACUCUUUCAUUAGUCAAAAUAUGAUAAAUAUAUUAAACUUAGACCAACAGGGAAUAAAGGAAAACAUUGAUAAGUAUGACUGUGACAGCGUGGGGAAUAUUUGUGUAUUUACUAGUUCUAGUAAAAAGGAUUCCACAGAUAGAUGCGUUAAGAGUAUUUUUACAAUUCCCAAGUUGACUUCCAGUAAUUCUGCUUUUAAUAAAAGAAGUUAUCCUGAAAAGAGUCAGGCAAACAAGAACUAUCAGAAAGAAUACAACAAUAAUGAAAGAAAGAAUAUUAAUGCAUCUUUUAAGAAGCAUUGUUACCCAGCAAGCUCGGAAAAAACAGGAAAAUUUGAAAAUAAUUACCAAAAGAAAAUACCACAGGAAAAAAUUCAGGAGAAUAUUAUGAAUAAAACGUCUUUGGGAGAAUUGCAUUUCCAGCAACCAUGGGAAACUGGAUAUGGAGAGAUUCUGAUGGAAGACAGAGGAACAAGCUCUUUAAAAGCCAGGCCAGCAUCUCCUGAGAAAAUCUAUCUUGAUUCUUCACAGAGUAGUCAGUCUACCAGUUACUCUCCAAAACAAACAGAUAGUUGCUUCAGUUCUAGUUCAGAGAUGCCAUCUGAAGAGGAGGAUCAAGUGUUGGAGCAAAGUGAAGAGUCAGAUGGAAGAUUCUUUAAAACCAAGGAAACUAGUAAUAAUAUGUAUCUGAAAAGGAUGUCAAAACUUCUAGAUGAUAAGAUUAUUAAAAACAAUGCCAAUAUUUAUAAACAGAAUGAGAAUUCUCACAAGUUCUCAGUGAAAAAUAAUACAGACCAGUUUCCACAGUCUCAGUGUAACUCACCAUAUUUAUUGCAAGACAAAAUUGGUAAUAACUGCACUCUGCAAGAUGCAAAAUGUGAUGCAUGGGUACAAACAGAGGUUGAACAUGAAAUGAAUUUAAAAUUAGAUGUUGCCAUACAAUGUGAUAUACUUUCAAAAUGUAAUUGUAGAAGUAGUGUAUCUUCCUUUUGUAGUACUGAAAGCUGCAGUGAAAAUAUUAAGUCAGAUACCACUGGAGGGCAGGAAGUCCUUAAGAACAACUAA